ACCGUUUCUUCUCAAAAAUAGAUUCGCCAUCCACCAUUCACCAAUCACCGUUCUGCUGCCCCAGUGCUGCCCUAACUUCUACAAGAUACCAUUACUGUUCACAGAGGUGUAGAUUCAGCAGAGUUCACCGCCUGCUCAAGCUAUGCUCGCUCUUACUACACUAGAGUUCGCUAUAGUUCAACUACUAUCUUGUAACCAUGGACCUGUUGCAACCCACUGCUGCCUUCUGGAUUUUAUAUCACUGCUGAUGUUGCAUGAGCUGACACCAACAGCCUCUUUCUCCGCCAGGGCGAGGGUUGGUUUGAUUCGACUGCAACCUGAAACAACGGCUAAGGAUGCCCACACAAAUGAGAUGCGCGGCGUCCACAGCCAGCUGCCAGACCCUGUCCGGCUCCCCCCUACUAUGUGAUGUUCUGUGCCGUG